AUGACUGAAUUUCUUAAAUUUAUGUCAAGAGAUUUUAGUCGAUUACUCGAAAGAGCUGACAAUUUUGAUGUUAAUGCAGAAAUAGGCGAUGAGUCAAAUAAAAAAAUCUUCAAGGCCCAUUCCGUAAUCCUUCGCGCUAGGUCUAGCUAUUUUGAUCGAGCAUUGUCUGGUGAUUGGUCAAACGUUGAAAAUGGCACGAUUAAAUUUAAAAAAAAUAACAUUUCGCCAGAUGUUUUUUCAGUCAUUUUAAAUUAUCUUUACGGUGCCACAAUCCCUCUUGACCAACAAAGCGCUCCGAUUAUUCUCGAGAUACUAAUUGCAGCAGACGAAUUCAACUUGGAUGACUUAUUUGAUCAUCUUCAACAAUAUUUG